AUGAAUCAAUUUGAAAAAUAUUUUUCAAAUGUAGAAAUUAAUGAUGAAAACUAUAUAAAUGGAAUAGAAAUUUGCAACGGUGUUUGCUUUAGAGGAAAAUUUAACUUAAUAAAGAAACAUGAAAGUGUUUGUAAAUGUCAUCCACCACCAUUAGGUGCUUCAGUUCUUGGGUUAGAGAACACCGAUAUACCUAUUCCAGAUAAUUUGGAGUUUUUCAAUGCUUGGACAGAUGCAGAUGCGCAAGAAGCAUACUUAAAAACAAAACCAACCUGCUAUUUAAUCUUAGGAAAACCUGGUACAAAUUCAUAUACUUUGGGGGAAUCCCUCUCAAAAAAGAUGAACUGUGUUCACAUUUGUCCAAAAAAUGUAUUAAAUGAUGAAAUUGACCAAAAAAGUCCUACUGGACGCUGCUUAGACUAUAAUAUGAAACUUAAUAAAGUUUGUCAAAUUGAUAAUAUACUGCCUAUAAUGAAAAGAAAAUUGGAAUCAGCAGCAGUUAAACAUAGAGGCUUUGUUAUUUCCGGAAUACCAUUAAUAUCAUAUGAAAGAAAUUUGCAAACCUAUUUUAACAGUCUCCAUGGUGAAGAAUCUAUUGAUGUGGUUGAGGGAAUGCUCUUCGACAUUAUAUGUAAUUUGAAGAAAAAAAAGUCAAAAGCCCAAAGGGAGUCAGCUACAUCGUCGGUUACUAGUGGAGUUGGAGUAGGUGAAGAAAAUGAGGAGGAGGAAGUAGAAGAGGAACAUGAACCAGAACCGGAAGAGGAAGAAGAACCUCGGGUUGAAUUGCCAAAACACAUAUUAGAUACAUGUUCUAAUAUAAUUUCUAAUAAGAAACCUUAUUUUGAAAUUAUGAGAGCCAUAAUCAUUCGUCAGAUUGAGGAAGUAUUUAACUUUAAGCCAGAUAUUUUAAUACAUAUGACAUGUCCUAACAGUGAUUUAAUAACAAAAAGAAGUCAUAAGUAUUUUAACUAUUUGACCAAUGCCAAUACUUUAUGCCCAUUUACAGUUAAUCCUGAUAGUGAGGUAAAAUGGCCAUCAAAAUAUAAUUUGCGAGACUACAAUCAACCGUUUGAUAGUCAUACAUUUAAUCCUAAAUAUAACUGUAAGCAUCCAAGUAACUUUUCUUAUAAUGUUGAGAAACAAAUAUGUAAUUUUAAAGAUCAUCUUUUAGAAUUCUUGGACACUAAAAUAAAAAGCUGUGAUCCAAAAUGCAUUAUUAAAUUGGAUGGUCGUGUUUCAAUUCAUCAGAUGAUGCAUAACAUCAUGGAGAGGAUAACUCUACUACCUAUAAAACCUGUUUUACUUCCUGAGCCACUAUACUUAGAGGAGCCACCAGAAGAUAUGGAUGAAUUUUGGAAAACAGUAGAGGAAUUGAAUGUUGUUAGAACUCAGAAUGUUAAUUUUAACAGAUAUUCUUCACAAUGGUACAAUAGAUGUCCCGUGGAGUUAAUGAAAAGAAGAUCAGUGCAAGGAAAUCCUAGAUUUGCAGUAUCAUUUUUUAAACAUGUCUAUUUAUUGUCUUCACUGAAUGAUAUGAUAUCAUUUUGCAGAAAUCCUCGACCUUUUCUGAAACUGAAGUACCUAGAGCCCACCUGCAGAAUUAUUGUUCUAGGUUCAAAAUGUUCUGGAAAAACUCUUGUGUCAAAUUGCCUGUCGUGGUUGUUUGAUGCAACAGUCAUUAGUUAUUCAGAUAUUUUAAAUAAAGAAACAGAGAAGAAGUACAAUUAUUACUCAAAGAAUAUUUUAUCAGAAAUUAUAGCUUCUAUUGAAGAUGCUCGAUUUAUGAAAUGGGAGAAUAGUGAGAUUCAGAGAAUAUCAGACUUGAAUAUGUGGUUUAAUACAAAUCACAAUAUUUUAAAUAGAUACAUACAAGUGUUUCAAGAAGUUUUGACUAAAAGGCAGGGAAGUGAAGUUGUUGGUGGACCUCUAUUGAAAAAAUUAAACAAUUUGAAAGUGAAAUUACCGUUUAUUCCAUUUUUGAAUGAUAUAGAACUAUGUCAGGAAGCCGUACAGGGGGAGAACCUGCAGAAAUAUGCUCCAGCUCAUUUGUUAAUUGUAACAGAAAAACCAAAGAUACCAGUACUUGGUGAUGAUGAUGUUACUAAGGGAAUAGCUGAAUAUAUAAAAACAAAUGAUUUACAAAAGGAAAUUGAGCCAACUUGUGAAGAAAUAAUGACAGAAAUUAUGAAUCACCUUAAAGCUAUUGAAAAUGAAACUUUUUCGCAAAAUUUCGAACCAUGUUAUGGUAAAUUUAUAAUCGAUGGUUUUCCAUCUGAAAUAGAAUAUUGGGAAUAUUUAUCUGAAGCUGACAUGCUACCUGACUAUACCAUUGUAUUAACUGAAAACCGAGAAUUUGAUGACGAUCUUUUACAGCAUUACAAGGGAAUAGAAAAAAGCAUUAAAAAUUACCAAGAGCGAUUUCUUAAUAGCAACGACUCAUUAGUCAAAACAAAGCUUCUCAGAGGUCUUCCUUUAAAUUCUACAUAUUUAAAUAUGAAAACAACUGUGAAUGAAAUUAUAGAUAAUAUAUUAGGUUCGAUAUCGGCUGAUGACAUAUCUUUAGAAGGCAAUGUCAAUCCUGAUUUACAAAUGUUACUCACAGAAGGAAUAGAGAAAUUUCGAGAAGGUUGGGAAUCAGUAAAAGCCAAACUAGACGAUAAUUCGAAAUGGUAUGGAGAAGUAGAACUCGAAGGUAAGACUGAUAUAGAUGUCUUAGACGAAGUCUUGUUACGACUGCGAAGAGCGUACUGUACUGUUUCCAUUGUUGAUGAGGAUAGAGAUGGUCAGGACCAUGACUAUGAUAAUGAAAUAAACCAGGACGUUUUAACAUACAAUGACGACCGCAAUUUGUCAGAUACCAAUAUAUUUUGUCCAAUAGCUUUAUUUGAUUAUAAUGUGCUUUGGGAAGGUAAACCCGAAUUCAGUGCUAAAUAUAAUAAUAAAACUAUAAUGUUUUGCAAAGAAGAAUGCAUAGAAAAAUUUCAAAAAGAUAGCACACGUUUCCAAUCCUUAGUAAAACCCUUUAAAAAAAAGCCUUGUUUGAGAAUUUGUACGAUAGGCAAUAUAGGUAGUGGAAAGUCUACCUUAUCAAGACGGCUAGCUAAAGAAUCUGGCUUAUUAUAUGUAAACUUUGACGAGUUUAUCAAUAACUAUGUGAUUCCAAAACAUUUUAAAAAGGUUGGUUGGCAAUAUGAAAACAGUUUUGUAGAAAAAACCGUAGAAGAAGAAAAUGCAAUCGAGUUUCAAAUGGAUGAGGAGAACGCCAACCUUAUGGCGGACUUGCUUUUUAAUGAAGCUGAAAUAAGAAAAACAAUCUUUAAUUAUUUUGAACAGGGCGUCCCACUGCCAUCUUUACUGUUGCAACAAAUCUUAAAAAUAUUGUGGUUUGAUGAACCUUACAAGUCAACGGGUAUUAUAAUUGAUGGGUUUCCAAAAUUGCCAAAUGAUGUAGAGGAUAUGGUAUCAUCUUUUUGCAUUCCAAAUGCAGUAAUAGGAUUAGACGCAAGUACAGAAAAAGCGAUAGAAAGAAUUUCACCAAUAAUGUUUAAAAUGUGGCGAAAUCAAUACAGAGAGGCAAAGCUGCAAGCUCAGGCAAAGUUCGAAUGUGAAAAACAAGAGUGGUUCGAUUUUAUUACAAAAAAUAUAGUUAUCAAAUUGAUUGUGGAUGAAAUGAUUGAAUUAGUAAUUCCCAAUGAAAACGAACUUGUACAAAAUUUGUCAGCGCAAAGCACAAUUUUUGAUGCCAAUCCGUUAGGAUCCUCAAACGUUGAUGUAAAUUUAUUUAACACGUAUAACGAGGUUAUUCAGGAGUACCCAGCUCCAGUCGAUCAAAGUGAAUGGGAGAAGCCGGACGAUGUUUCAGAGAGAAUAAAUUCAAGAAUCGAAGCCAUCUAUGAAGUGUUUGAAGAAAAUAUCCAAUCUGCAAUGGAUACACUGACAGAACAAAGAGUGAAGAUUAUUGCUGUUAACGGCUUAAAGUCUAUAGAAAAAGUAUUUAGAAAUGCCUUGGACAAAUUAUCUACUUUGUUAAACAGAAAUGAAUCGUUUUUAGAACAAACAUUUAUUAUAAAUGGCGACAUAGCUGAAAUGUUGAUUUAUGAGGGAUUUUUCUUUUUAAGCAAGUUUAAUAGAAUGUGUCCAGUUUUCAUAUACGAUAAUCCGUUAAUACUACACAACCCAUACUAUAUUCGAAAACGUAAGGGUAACAUAUUUCCUGUUAUUCAUCGUGCCUACAUAUAUUUUAUUUCAUCUGAAGAUAAUGUUAAAAAAUUCAGGUCUAACCCCUUAAAAUACAUUAAAAGUAGGCGUAUCGAGGCGUAUGUAGAAUAUCCCUUACGGAUAAGCAUUAUUGGGCCACCUAAAUCUGGAAAAUCUACGUUGGCUGCGAAACUUGCGAAUCGAUUUGGAUUACUCUGCGUCAGUAGAGGUACUUCGAUUCGACAUAUUAUGGAGAAUAUGAAUUGGACCCAACUUAAUUCUAAGAUAAAAACAUCACUUGAGGGAGGAGAUACCAUAAACACAGAAGACAUUAUAAAGUCCAUUCAAACCACAGCUAUCGACCAUAGAUCUAUAUCGUACGGAUUAGUAUUUGAUGGUUUUCCAGAAACAGCUUUUGAAGCUUCUGAAUUAGUGAAACACGGUAUUUAUCCUUCAAUUGUUUUCGAUCUUAAAACAAGUCUGUCAAAAGCUUUAGAAAAUACCCACAGGGAAAUACAUUUUGAUAUUAUAAAGAAAAAGCCGACGUUUUCGAAAGCAUUUGUAGAGUAUCGUUUUCGUGAAUGGGAAAGAAAUAGCUCUUCCGUACGAAAAUGGAUUAACGGUGACAUUCAAAAUAUUUACGAAUUACCUGCAAAUGGUACAUCGUGGCAGUGUUUUCACACUUCACUGAAUAUUAUUGAAGAUAUAUCAAAGAAAGUUCAUCACUACUUAUCCAAUUACGAUUUUAAAGUGGUCAGUGCCGGUGUUAUGGGUAUCUCGAAUGAAAUAUUUGUAUCAAAAAUGUCUGAUUUUAAAAACUUUUGCCCAAUGUGCUUCAUGAAGAAAAUAUAUAUAAACAACGAUCACCCUGUUGAUAAAUCUGGAGUUGUUCAGUAUAGAGAUGUAUAUUACUGGAUUUGUCGGAAUCACAUUAAGGAUUUAGAUAAAUUACCAAACAUUCUGUCUUUGCAAAUGAAAAUAGAAAUACCUGAAAUCCCAGCUAUCGUAAAAAGCAUUUACCCUUCACUUGUCUAUGAAAAUGGAGUAUGUAUAGUGACAUAUGCUGAAAAUCUUCCAUCACAGAAUAUAAUAAAAGGCAACAAUAACUUUGCGGCAGUGUACAAUGGUCGCUAUUACUUAUUUUGUAGUUCCAAGUGCCUGGACUCAUUUAUGCGUAAACCCUACUUAUAUUUCGACAUUGAAGUUUUUAAAGAAACGUCAGGAUUUCCCGAGAUAUCUCUAAAGACCUUGCCGAAUCUUGGGUAUCUAGAACAAACCGUGGGGAAUAUGAUAACAGCGGCGUGUUGCGCUGUCAAUGUAAUACGUCCGAAAUAUCUUGGACUAAACGUUUCCAUCUCCGGGGUUAUUUAUAUAGCACUUUAUUUCAAAACUCAUAAUUGUAUUGAUUCGUCACAAUUGAAUUUAUAUAAGAAAGCUUUAAAGGUGUAUGAAGCUAGAUGUAAGCUUCCCAUUGAUGUAGGCUUGAAGUUACGAUCUAUGGAUAAUCCUUUUGCUGACUAUGUAAAGUGUUACGGCAGAAUCAAAAGUAUUAUGGGAACCGACUCUGGUACGGGAAAACAAUCGACACGUCGUGUACCGGUCCCGGAUGAACGAUACGAUUAUCUUUGCCAGUACCAUAAACCUGCCAGUAAAGUGCCUGCGUUUUUAAACGUGGUGGACAUCGCUGGGUUGGUGCGAGGGGCGGCCGAAGGUCAAGGACUCGGAAAUGCCUUCCUGUCACAUAUCAAGGCUUGCGAUGCAAUCUUCAACUUAUGUCGUGCCUUCGAUGAUGAAGACGUGAUCCACGUGGACGGAGAUGUGAACCCCGUCAGGGAUUUGGAGACGAUUGGUGAAGAGUUGCGGCUGAAGGAUGAAGAGCAGCUGAUGCAGAACAUUGAGAAGUUGGAUCGGGUUGUCGUCCGUGGUAAUGAUAAGAAACUCAAGCCGGAGUAUGACUCCCUGAUGAAGAUUAAGAGCAUUUUAGUUGAUGAGAAGAAGCAUAUUCGUUUCGGAGACUGGAGCUCAUUUGAUAUUGAAAUAUUAAAUAAAUACCUGUUCCUCACUUCGAAGCCAGCGCUUUAUCUUGUGAAUUUAUCCGAAAAGGACUAUAUUAGGAAGAAAAAUAAAUGGCUACCAAAACUAAAGGAAUGGAUCGAUAAGAAUGACCCAGGUGCACCUUUGAUCCCCUUCUCUGGAGUCUUCGAGAGCAAACUACUGGACAUGGACCCAGAAGAGAGACAGGCUUUCUUGAAAGAACAGAAUGUUACCAGUGCGUUAGAUAAAAUUAUCGUCCAAGGGUACAAAGCCCUGCAAUUGGAGUACUUCUUCACGGCUGGAGCGGACGAAGUUAAGGCUUGGACUAUUCAGAAAGGCACCAAAGCCCCUCAGGCCGCGGGUCGCAUCCAUACGGACUUCGAGAAAGGUUUCAUAAUGGCUGAAGUGAUGCACUUCAAGGACUUCAAGGAGGAAGGCUCCGAAGCCGCCUGCAAAGGGGCCGGCAAGUACCGGCAGCAAGGCCGUAACUACGUAGUAGAAGACGGCGACAUAAUUUUCUUUAAGUUCAACGCAGGCGCAGGUUUGAAGGACGCAAAGAAGAAAUGA